UAUACGAUAUAUAUAAGCACUUUUUAAAUGAUUGUUUUUAACAAAAGUAUGGUGUAAUAUUAUUUAUUUGAAAUAAAUAAAUGAUUGAAAUGUACUCAACGAUGUACAAUAUAAUUUUACAAUAAUUGCUGUUGAGCUGCCGCUAAAAAUUCAAAUUAAUUAAUUUCAACAACGAUCUACCAUUUUCAAAAAGAAAAACAUUGCAUUGAUAAUAUUUAUCUACUUAUAUAAGGAUUAUGUAUGAUCAAUUAUAAUUGAAUAUGAUUUCCAUAAAUUAUAAAAAUGUCAAUUUCAUUGUAAAUAAUUAAAAUCACGUUUGAAUAGUUUAUCUCCGUUAGCGAUAGUUCAUGGUUCAUCCCUCAUCUAACUAUUUUUACUGUCACACUAUCGAUGCCAGUUGUUGAGCUAAAUUCUAAUCGCGUAUUGUGAAAAAUACGUUUUUAAAUAAUAUAGAAGUUGCACAUAACAUCGUUACCUGAAUCAGUUUAUUUUUGCGUAUAAUAUGAUUCCUUGUUGCUGAUGUUUACGGUGACUGUUAAGGCGAUUUACAUGGGACAUGGCUACUGUCAAAGUAACGGAACAAAAAGUUAUUCUUUGCGGUGAAUAUGGUGUCGGUAAAACGUCUAUAUUCAGGCGAUUCGCGAACAAUACUUUUGUAACAAGUAAUGAUCGAAAAUCGACACUUGGUCUCGAUAAUAUCGACAAAGAAUAUAUAGUUGAAGAUAGACGAAUAUGUUUACAAUUAUGGGAUACUGGAGGUAUGGAAAGAGUAGCAUCUGUAACAUCGAGUUACUACAAAUUUGCAGAAGCAGCUAUUCUGGUAUUUGCUCUAGAUAACUCAACAUCCUUUCAUCUUUUAUCUCAACAUUUAUUAGAUAUAGUUACGUAUGCAGAAAAUGCUAAGAUCUUUUUAUGCGGUAACAAAAGUGACUUAGAAGGAGUUACUCCACAAGUUACCGAUGCAGAAAUGGAACAAUUUUGUGAACAAUGUCAUAACUUAAUCUCUGGGACUUAUAAAACAUCUUGUAAAACUGGAGAAGGAAUAAAUGAAAUGUUUGAAGACAUAGCUCAACAUUUAGUUGAAGCUAAUCGAUCUCGAAUGGAACUUCAUGAAAUGGAUAAGGAUCGUUUCAAAAUUUCUUAUAUCGAUGAAACUGCUGAUCCAUCAUGUUUAUGUUAAAAAAAAAAAAAAAAAAAAAAAGAA